UAUUUUGCAUGACUUAGAUGUUACGAUUGAGAAUAUAAUUGUCAGAACUAUGUCGAUUUAUGGUGGCUCAGUAUGCUUCGGUAAAUCUGAUCACAUAGUUAUUAGAAUCUUUUUCUUCUCAUUGCGUUAUUCUAAAUUUAUUGAAGGUAUGAACUAUUCUUAAUUCUUGUGUCGUCGUUUUAUUUUACACAAAGUUUGUUCUUUAGAUAAGUUGAUAGUUUACUUAACAUCAACUUCAUUAUAUACCUAUUCAUUAUAAGACUACAUAUGUAUCUUUUCGCCUUCAAACUUCUAUUUUCAGAUUAAAUUUCAAAGAUGUCAUCUACGCCUAUUUGUGAUCGUGUUAAUACAUACGCUAAUAAAAGUAGAGUUAUACCUGGUUAUGAGGGUAUACCAUACAAUUUAUGUGUUAACGUUAUCGGUUGGGUGGUCCUAAUGUCCGGAUUUACACUAUUAAGAAAACUUGCAUGGGACUAUGGGCGUAUGGCUACAUUUCAACCUAGGAAAAAUAGGUGGACUCUAUUUUCAGAAAUAAAUGAUGAAAAUGUCAGUACUGACAGUGCUUCCAUAGAUAGUGUAGAACAAAAUCCAUCUACUAAUGAUCCUGGCUAUUUUUCAUGGAUUGUUAAUUACUUCAAGUUAACAUCGGCAGACUUACGAUCGAAAGCAGGAAAUGAUGCUGUUCAAUAUCUUAGAUUUCAUUUCUACUUAAUUAUUUAUACAGCAAUCACCACAGUUUUCUGUUUGGUUGUUAUACUUCCAGUAAAUAUACAUGGUACACUAAAAUCUCCUGACUUACAAAAAUUCGGUGUUACGACCAUAUCAAAUAUAUCGGCUAACUCAUCGAGUCUAUGGGUGCAUACAAUAUUUGGCAUUGGAUUUUUUCUGUUGGCAUUUUUUCUAAUGCAACAUUUCUCGAGGCAAUUUCGUCGGGAAUCGACUCGAACGCCGAAUUUCUCAGAGAAGACAUUGAUGAUUUCCGGGAUAUCACGUAGGAAUUGUUCACGGGCACUCAUUUUAAGGCAUUUUGCAGAACUUUAUCCUGAAUGUCCUGUUGAGGAUGUACAAAUUUGUUAUGAUACACGAAAACUGAUAAAACUUGAAAAUCAGAGAGAUACUGUAAGAGCUGCUCUACGUUACUCUGUAGAAAGUUAUGAACGUAAACGUAAACGUCCAUUUAUUAUACCAUGUUGUUGUGGUUGGAUGUAUAAAAAAUGUUAUGAAAAUUAUUGUUGUCGUAGUUGCUGUUGGAAUACUAAUAAUCAAGUCAAUUCUUCACAAAAUUAUAUUUCCAAUAAUAAUGAUAAUCAUAAGGAUAAUAUCAUUGAUACUAUGCCAAGGCCUGAAACUGUUAACAAUCAAUUAUCUUCAGCAUCCUCCUCUUCUCCUCCUUCUCCUACACCUCAAAUCAAUUAUAAGAAAUGUAAAUUAUGCCUUUGUUGUUCAUGUCCACCACCUACUGAUGCAAUUAAUUAUUACACAAAUAAAAAAAUUUAUUUACAAGAAGAAAUUGUAAAACAUUAUGAAACAACAAUUAAAAAACCAAUUGGUAUUGCAUUUGUUACAUUCUCAACUAAAUAUGCUGCAGCUCAUGUAUGUAAAGAAUAUCGCAACAUUUGUCGACGUUUAAUUAUAUCUAUAAUGUCUAGUACUAGUUCAGUAUUAAAAAGUCAUAUGUGGUCUGUUGAUUUUGCACCUGUUCCAAGUAAUAUUAUUUGGGCAAAUCUAGCAGCUACGAGAACUGUAUGGUGGUGUCGAGCAAUUUUCAUUAACUUGUGUGUUUUCUUCGUGGUGUUUUUUCUUACUACUCCUACAUACGUAUUGAAUUUAGUUAAUACAUUGCAUUUAACUGAACGUCUACAAAUUAAUAAUCCACUAUUGAUUCAAUUUAUUCCAUCUAUUAUUCUUUGGUCGGUGUCUGCUUUAUUACCUUACAUUGUAUUCAAUUCAGAUCGACUUGUUGGUCAUUGGACUAAAUCUGUUCUACAUCUAACUGUAAUGAUUAAGACAUACACUUUAUUAAUUUUAAUGAUUUUAGUACUUCCAUCACUUGGCCUUACAUCAAUACCUGCUCUACUUCAGUGGCUUUUCCCGGAAAUGCAUAUCAUACCACUUGUUCCAGCAAAUAAUAGUUCAAAAAUUACUAAUAUUUCAAGCAUCGCUAAUACUACUAGUAAUAAUGAUAACUAUAAUGCUACUACUUAUAAUAAUACUAAUAAUUCAAGUACAUUUACAUCAUCUUCAUUGAAAUUCGACGAAGAGCCAAGUCCAUUUAUUCCAAUAGGACCACAGUCAUUUCAAUGGGAAUGUGUUUUCAUGCCAGAUAAUGGUGCUUUCUUUGUUAAUUAUGUAAUCACUGCAGCAUUUAUCGGAACAUCAUUAGAACUUGUUAGAUUUUCUGAAUUAUUUAAUUAUGCUUGCCGUCUUAUGUGUGUCAAAUCACAAGCUGAAAAAGCUGGUGUACGAAAGGCUAGUCAGUUUGAAUUCCAGUUUGGACUGUUUUAUGCAUGGAGUUUAUGCGUUUUCGCUGUGAUUUGUGCAUAUAGUAUUGUAUGUCCAUUGAUUACACCAUUUGGUUUAAUCUAUCUAAUAUUUAAGUAUUUCGUUGAACGUUACAAUCUCUACUAUGCCUAUUUACCUAGUCGUAUUGAUUCACACAUUCAUUGGCUUGCAAUCAGUUGUAUGUUAGCUUCUGUCUUCUUAUUACAAUUAAAUAUAUUUAUGUUUAUUGUUUUACGUGCCAAUACUGUCAGUCAUGCUUUAGUAAUUUGUUCAUUAUUGGGUUUAAUAUUCUCUGCAUUAUUAAUGAUUUUCACUAUUGUUACUGGAUGGAUAAUGGCUGGUAGUAGUUCAGCACGUAAACUUCUAUUUAGAAAUGCACAUUUAGUCUCUGCCACUGAUGAUUCAUUUGUUGAUCAACAUAGUCAGUAUAGUAGUCCAAUUAGUGUUCAACAUAGAGGAUCACAUUUGAACGAUAUAACCAAUGCUGUUGGUGAUCAAAAAUCAGUGGUCGAUACUACUUUUCAUAUGCACAGAAAUAAUAGUGAUCCGAAUCAAUUUACUCAACAAUCGAUAAUAGAUAUAUCACAAGCUAAGAAUUUAACCACUUCUGUUCCUCAUUCACCAUUAAUAUCACCUCCAUCACCUGUUCUUACCCCUCCUAUAUGUUCUUUACAAGUAUUUAAUAGAAAUGAUAUAAAUAGACAUUCUCAUCCUGUAAGAAUUGAUAAUAAAGAACAAUUUGUUGCACCAGUUUUAUUAAAUUUUCAAAAAAGGCGUAGUGUAGCUAAUUUUAUGAGUACACAAUCUAUGAUUAGUUCAUUAUCGGAGAAUAAUUCUGAUAAUCAUUCUCAAUUAGAAGAUCAUAAUGAUUAA